AUGGAUAAAGCCAGACUCGACUUCGAAGAAACCCUCCACAAACAAUCCCGCACAUACGCAGCUGCAUGCGACGAGUAUCGCCGACGUUACAAGAUUGAACCACCACCUGGAUUCGAGGAUUGGUUCCUAUAUGCAUCUGCUCAGCAGUCGCCGAUAAUCGAUGAUUAUGAUGCUAUAUAUGACAGUAUACUACCGUUGUUGAGAAUUAGCGGAAAAGAAAUCAACGAGAACAUAGUAAAUGCGCGCAACCUGCCCGGUAACGACCUCUGGACUUCCAAGGGUGAUACCCCCACCACCAAACAACAUCCAUACCAGCCCGAGCAUAAAGGACCAGUCCAGACAACCAACAUGGGACACUAUAUCAGCUCCCUGCACCUACCAACCCAACAGUACCCAGACCCAAGACCACCAAACCCAGCCCAAGCCCCAAACCUCCCCUUUGUCACUGAUCCCAAACAAGCCAAAAACCUCUGUCUCCACCCAGAAUACAGCACAAAGCACGGCAUCUUCCUCAGCCCAACCUCCUUCCGCCCUAUAACAGGCCUCCUCCCAAUCCUCUCCACAGGCUCCCUCUCGACCAUGACCGACAUCCUCUACCCCAGUCCGGCCUACCUAGCACCGGACUUCCAAUACACCCCUGAAAAGGACAUCCCAUGACAUCGAAAACAAAACACCCUCUACUGGGCCGGUUCUACAACCGGCGCCUUCGCCACAAACACCAACGAUUGGCACAACUUCCACCGCCAACGCUUCGUCAGCCUAGUCACAAACCCUUCGCACCACCACACCUACACCUACCUCCACCAAACCCCAACCUCAAUCUCCACACGAAAAUCCACCUUCCUCAACACCCGCCUCUACACCAUCUCAUUCACCCGCAUCUUCAACUGCUUACCUGCCUCCUGCCGCGCCCAACGCCGCUUCUUCCAUCCACACUCUUGGGCGGAUAAAGACCAGGGUUUACAAUCAAAGCUGAUAUUCGAUCUAGAUGGGAAUGGUAUCAGCGGGAGGUUUUAUAGUCUGUU